GGGGAGGAUGCAUCCUCCGAGAGGUGUUCAGCCACGAACUGCGGGGCGGCCGGAUAUGGUGGCCAUUAUUCCGAAUGGAUCGAGGUCGGCCUCGCCUCCGGGGAGUAUUGAUUCGACGCGUUCUACUGGUGGUUCCGGAUCGCCAUCUUCCUCGGCCGAGACGAGAUCAGGUCCGGAUGGUUCUGACGCGGACGUUGAUACCCCCAUGGCGAGUAGGGUGACUGGUCGCGGUAGCGACGUUAUUAGUGAGCGCGUCGUUUUGGCCCGUCCUGAUGCAGGGUUUUGGUCUCCUUUACUGUCUUCGGGCCACGAGUUUCCUCGUUCUAAGUCGUCGGCGCAAUCUUUGGAGAAUAUUCGGUAUGCUUGUGGGGUUCCUGAUUUGGAGUUUCGAGUACCUGGGAUGAACGAGCGUCCUUGGACCCCCCCUCCAGGCUGGGUUUGCCUCUACGAGUUUUGGUUCGAGCACUGUCAGUUGUGGUUUCUGCUGCCGAAGCUCUUGUUGGACUAUUGUGAGGCUAGGGAGAUUGCGUUGACUCAGCUUUGUCUGGGUGCGAUCCGUAACAUGGUCGGCACGAUUUUAGUGGCGGAGUCGUGCAACAUUGAGAUGAGCCUCCGUUUCUUCGAGGAGAUAUCGAGCGUAUGUUGGAAUACCAGAGGGGUUCAGCAAACGGUUGUCGUGAAUAUGAAAUCGGGGAACAAGGUUGUGACUGGUGUUGCGAAGAAGUCGCAUCGUUGGUGGGGUCGUUACUUCUAUGCCCGGGUGAACUCGGCAUUAGUUUGUGGUGGCGAUAAUAGGACGUUUGUGGAUCGAUGGAGUCCCGAAUUUGUUCUAAAUCCGGUCGGCGAGGAGCGUCCCGUGGGUUUCGAGGAGGAUCUUGCGAGGAUUCGACAGUUGGGAGCUCAGCAGUGGUCUACGAUUGUUGAAGCUCGGAAGGCUAGGGAGUUUUGUCGUGGGAUUACAGUUUAUUUCGACGAGACAGGAAAAAUGGAGAAGCGGUUGUUGAAUGUUCCUAAGUUCUCUGGCAAGAAGGCUCCAUUGGCAUCCUCUGGAGAUGCGGCCGGCUCGUCUUCAGCUGCUCGGAGAAGGAUAAGAGGCCGGCUGAGCCGGAGGCGAGAGACGCUAGAAGCAAGUCAUUUCAGAUUCGUCUCUUUCGGGGAAAGACUCGGGUCGUCCUGAGGGUUCUACUCUCAGUGUUGUUGUUCCGGUGCAGCGCGAAGAGCGCCCGAUGGUGUACGCGCUCUCUUCGGGCAAGGGAGCGUCGGCGAAUGUGGAUGGUGCUCUCGGCGAGGCGGCCAACAUGGUCGGUGGGCCUAGCGAAGUGGUCGAGGAUGGCAGGGACUUCUCUUUUUCGUAUCAGUAUGAUGGGACUGAUCUCUUCGCUUCCAACCCGGAUGCUUGCGUUGACUUAUACCGGAAGAUCAGUCAUUCCCACAAGGAGUAUGCUCCUUACGAUGCUGAUGCGGUCGGGGCGAAGAUUUACCAGGCGAUCGCUGCUUCUACUCUUCAGAUGAUGGCGAGUACUAACCAGCUCGACUUCUUGCUGCGCCGAGAUAUGCGCAAACUAGAAGACUCACUUGCUGUUGAGCGACGAGCCAGGAUGUCCGCAGUUGAGAAGCGAAAGGCGGCCGAGCGGGAGGCAGCCAAAGCGGUCGAGAAGUUAAAGGCGGCUGAGAAAAGGGCGCUCGAGGCCGAGGAGAAGCUCAGGGCAUCUCGUGAAGAGGCUGCUGGUCACAAGGAGAGCUGGGAGAAGGCUAGGAAUCAUUAUCGUGACCUGAAGUCGGAUCUGGCUAGAAUCAUGAAGGAGAGGGAUGAUUCCACGGUGUCCGAAAAGAGGCGCGUCCUUGAUUUGGUUAUUCCAGAGUAUCGCGAAAAGGUGGGCAAGUUCGAGCGGUUCUACAAGAGUAACGAGGCGGUUCAUGCUGCUGUUUCCGCCUACACGAUGGCUAAAGGUGUUUUUGACGCAUUCACUGUGUUGGUGAGUGAUAAGACUCUCCUCCGCGAGGGCACGAUGGCCAGGUUGGAAAGCGAGAGGGACUCUGCCAAGGAAGCGGCCUUGGAGUUGGGGGUUGAAGACAUUCAGGAUAGCGACUUCGUGGUGGGUUCGAUUAGCGACUGGAUGGCUCUCUUGACUUCCCCUUCGCCGGUAGAGUCCCCGGCGGAUCAGUACGGGAGUAUGUCGGCGGGCCUCGCUUCUACGGAUAUCUCUUCUCUUAGGUUGGGACCUGGCUUUGUCAAAUCUGGGAGCGAGGCUGGGCUCGGCUCAUCCCGUUGA